AGCAACCCUGAGAGAAACCAUCACACUUCACCCACAGAUCCCUCGUUCUUCUCGAUCAAAAAAAACCCAACCCAACCGCCACCAUGCAGUUCCUCGCCGCCCUCACUAUCCUCGCCGCUGGCGUCCUCGCCGUCGCCACGCCCGACAAUCUCCAGAAGCGCGCCAACUGUAAUGAGGUACUGCCUGCGUGCGCUGAGGGGCAUAUCGUCGGCCAGCAGGCCUGCCCCUGUCCCGGGCAACAUAACAUCUGUGACCUGUGGGCCUGCGCCAACAACCGCCCGAUGGCUUGCGGCCAGGAUGGUACCGGCUGCGUCUGGGUUGGCUAAAUCCGAGUCGACCUUGCCAGUUGGAAACUAUCAAAGACACGUUAUCGUUGGCGCCACCGGGUAGCUCCCAGUUUGCGCUUCGUUAGUGUGUGGGGAUUUUCUUCUUUUGUAGCGGGAAACUUUUGGUGAUGUUGUUUUGGACGCUGUAGCAGCCGUGGCUAAGCGACUAGCCACUCUUUUUGAGCUAAUAAACUUUUUGGGCCCAA